UGACUUUAGCGAGCAUGAUGAUUAUGACGGCAGACAUUGCUGUUAGAGAUCCUAUGUCUACAGGAUGGCAAGCCAUUACAUUGGCAUUUGACAUGUUCUUUGUCGUAGAUAUUUUUCUACGAGUACUUGCAGAAGGGGCACAGCUCUACUUUUCCGUGACCCUCAAUAUCGUAGAUGCUGCAAUUAUCGGGUUGUCUCUGCCGAUUAAUGUCUUGUACAUAUGGCACGACCCAGAGUUUCGUAACGAUGCCCCAAGGCUUUUCAGAUCAUUUCAAAUCUUUCACUUCACUGUCAUGUUAAGAGUUGUUCGAUUGGCUCACCAGAUACGCUACUUUCGAAGACUGGUGUCAAAAAGAUGUUGGAAGGAUGGAUUUCACCUGGGGCUCAGAUACAUCUCAGAUCAGAUUAUUAUGAUAACAUUUCCCCAUGGUGAAAAUCAGUCUUCCUGCAGGAAUUCUACUGUGGAUGUCAUGCGGUUCCUGGAGGCAAGACAUGCAGACCACUAUUGUAUCUGCAAUCUCUGUAGUGCAAGGGAAUACUAUCCUGUGUACAUUCAGGAAAGGGUCUUUAGACUUGAGACUGAUGAACACAAUGUCCCCAUUCUGGACCAUAUGAUGGCGUUCUUCACCCGUGUAAGAAACCGGACAGCUCAAGAUAGCAACAAUGUGGUAGUGAUUUACUGCAAAGGAGGCAAAGGACGAACUGGAAUAGCGAUUUGUAUCUGCCUUAUUGCUAGUGGAAUGGUCUCACCUGCAAAGGAGAGCCUUGCUUACUUUGCAAAACAUCGGACAGAUGAAUCCAAAGGCACUGAGUAUCAGGGUGUAGAAUCUCCUUCUCAGAGGAGAUAUGUGCAGUACCUCGGAUGGAUGAUAGGUCAAAACAACGUAGAAGCAGCACGACUUGUAAUCAAAAAAAAAAUCACUCAUUCCAUAUGUGGUGUUGGAGCAGGUGAUGGAUAAGAUUUAAUAAUGCAAGUAACAAUGAAAAAAACGACUGUGUUUUCCUGCUCCGUUGGAAAGAACUGUAAGCUCAUCCAUGACACUGAGGAAAACAAAUAAAUAAUUAAGGUAUACAACUGCCCACCGCUAUAUGCUGAUGUGAAAGUGAAGUUUUUCUCUCUGAUGCUUCCUAAUUAUUAUGAUGAAUGUGCAUUUCAUUUCUGGUUCCACACAAGUUUUAUAAAGGGAAAGAGGCUCUAUCUAUCACAAGAGCUACUGGAUAACCCCCAUAUGGAAAAGACAUGGAAUAUUUACAAUUCUGAAUUUACUGUGGAUGUUCGCUUUGAUGUAGCAUAA